GAAUGUCAGACUGAGGAAGAAGAAGAAAACUUUUAUAUCCCUAGUAACUAACAAUUUGGACAAUAAUAAAAAAAAUGCAGGAUGUUACGGCCCGAGUGUUUGCCGCAAUGCAAAAUUUGGAUAUAACUGCCCUGAGUACCUAUCCCCAGAAUGAAAUACGGCCUGUGCUACCGGCUUUGGUUCGUAUGAGCCUUCUUUCGCCACUGGACAAUACGAAGUCCUCAAUGGAAUCCCGUAAACAAAUUUUGGCCGUGCUUAUUGGCAUAGAAAUUGUAAAUAGCAUUGUAUCAUAUUUGCAAGUAAAUUAUCAUGAGCUGGAACAAGAACUCAAGAAGGAGCUUCAGGCACGUCAAAAGUCUAUGUAUUAUGAUGGCCAGCAGGAAUUCGGUUUACAAACUGGAAUAGCAUUGGGCUUCGAAAGGGCUGAUGUGACGCGAAAAGUUCGUGUUGUUCUAUCCGAAAUUUUCAACGUCCAAUGGCAAUUGUCUGAACAAAAAUCGGGAGUUUUGGUACACUCUGAAAUAUUAGAUGAUGGCAUAUACCUGGAAGAAGUAGUCGACAUACUCUGUAUUGCACUUGCCGAACUUCCUUCGCUGCUUAAUAUUUUGGAAUUAACCGAUACGCUGGUACAAGUGCCAAAUGGACACCGCAUCAUAUGUGCGCUGGUAGCCAAUUUCCCAGAUUGUUAUCGAGAUGUCAUAACCCACGUGAUUAUUAACUGCGACGAAGAGUCAAAUGAGGGAAAACAAAAACUUAUGCUUUUGAUGGCUCUGAGCGAGAUAAAUCCCACACAAGCGCUUUCAACCAGAGCCAUAUGUGUGGAAAUAUUGAAGGUGCCCUCAUUUAUGCUAAAAUUGUGCUUGAAAUAUCCACAAGACUUGAUUUCUUUUUUGACUGGCAUGUUACUGGGUAACGAUCAAAAUGUUCGCACCUGGUUUGCCGAAUACGUUCACUCAAGUCAGAAAAGGAAAGGGGACGCGUUAAUCAUGGUAAGAGCCGAGUUGCUGCAGCAGCUGCUUAACAUUAUGCAAAUGGCCAAUUGUAGUAGUACUGAGGGCGAAGAUUACACAGUUCAAGGUGCUGUAAUAAUGCGAUUGUACUGUGCUUUGCGAGGCAUUGCUGGCUUAAAAUUUAAUGAUGACGAAGUGAAUUCGUUAGCCCAAUUAGUCACAAGCAGACCACAGCCCUCGCCUUCUGGCAUGCGAUUUGUUUCUUUGGCUUUAUGCAUGUUGAUUGCCUGCCCUUCCUUGGUCUCUACAACAGGUCUAGAGAACAAGGCUAUUGAAUGGCUACAGUGGCUUAUUAAGGAGGAUGUGUUCUUUGGCAAAAGAUCUGAUGCAAGCACGUCACUUGGAGAAAUGCUGCUCUUGCUGGCCAUCCAUUUUCAUAGCAAUCAGAUAUCCGCAAUUGGAGAGUUAGUGUGUUCAACGUUAGCUAUGAAAAUACCGAUACGACCGAACAGCACCAAUCGAAUUAAGCAAGUGUUUACGCAAGACCUUUUCACGGAGCAGGUCGUAGCUUCUCAUGCUGUUCGAGUACCGGUCACCUUAAAAUUGAAUGCAAAUAUUCCUGGUUAUUUGCCCGUUCAUUGUAUUCAUCAGUUGCUCAAGUCAAGGGCCUUCCUUAAGCACAAGGUGCCCAUAAAGACUUGGAUAUACAAACAAAUAUGCAACUCUGUGCGUCCACUUCAUCCGGUAAUGCCGGCUCUGAUUGAUGUGUAUGUCAACACUUUGAUAGUGCCAAAUCCGCAGGGAAAAGUUAAUGUUGACCAUAUGCACAAAUCCUUUUCGGAAAGUGAAAUUUUACACAUUUUCCGGUCCAGCAAUUGCGGUUCGCAUGUAAUAGGGGACAUCAUAUCCGUGCCUCGUAUUGGUGGAACACCAUCAAACGCUUCUGAAACGGAUGAUUUAUCCAAGUACCAGGUACAAUGCCCACUUACUGCCCAGCUUUUGAUGCUCUAUUAUUUGGUACUCUAUGAGGAUACCCGUAUAUCUAAUUUAUCCAAUGCCGCUUUGAGUGGCCGCAAACUCAAAGAGUAUACUAACAGUUUCCUUUCUGAAUUACCCAUGAAGUAUUUGCUGCAAAAGGCACAACAAUUUCACAACGAGUAUGUGGGCAUAUUUCAUCCUCUGCUAAGACUGAUUGUCUCAAAUUAUCCUCACCUUAGUAUGGUAGAUGAUUGGCUAGAGGAACAUUGUCAGAGUCGUAACAAGGUCAUUCGUCGUGCACCGAAUUUCUCUGCCAAAAUUAGUGAAUCCCUAAAGCGAAUUGAUUUCGAUAAACUUGAUACUGAGCCUGGAAAGGCGAUCCCCGUUUUAAAGGCCCUACUCAAAUUGCCGGCCGAAGAGUUAGCUCAAAAUUCGGAUGUCAUUGUAAGAAAUUUACCCAAAGUUUUUCAACAAAAAGUUCCACGUUCCAUUAAAAAUUUGUAUUUGGAUAUUUGGCUACGCUUGAAUGGAGUGCUGCCCAUUAGUUUUUGGCGCAAAUCAUUGGCUUCCAUUAUGGCAUCGGAGGACUAUAUUAGUCGGUGUUCAUUUGUAAUGGACAAUAGUUUAGACCCUCUUAAGGUGCUUCGGUGUAGUCGCGAGGUAUUCCAAUGCCCUCACACUCUAAUAAUCUUGCUACGAAUUCUACAGGGCAGUUUGGCUGCCUCUAAAGCUCAUCUCAAUAUACAAAUGCAAUCUAAGCAGAUAAUAGAUAAAAAUGGCCAGGUGCAGAUUGAUACGGACAGAGAGGAAUUGAAAACUGCAUUAAUUGCUUCCCAGGAGAGCGCCUCAGUUCAUAUACUACUCGAGGUUUUGGCCGAUAUGCAUACCAACAGCUUCGAUCGCGUUUCAUCACUCGAGUUGCGUGAAACACAAGGCAUAAUUUGUUCUUUCAUCCAUCAAUCGUUCAUUUCGGAACCUUCAUUGGCAAAACUUGUCCAUUUCCAAACAUACCCCCGCGAGGUUAUUCCCAUGAUGGUCAAAGGAGUCCCCUCCAUGCAUAUUUGCAUCGACUUCUUGCACGAAUUCCUAAGCAUGCCCGAGAUGGAUAAACAGGUUUUCACCAUCGAUCUCACUUCCCAUCUUGUCUUAAAGUAUGCCAUACCCAAGAGUUUGAGUGUGUCGAAAUUUUGCAUUAACACCAUACAGUCGGCACUUUCUCUUCUCUCCACCGAGGCCAAGUGUAAGUAUCUUCGUAAUAUUUUGCCAUCUUUAAUACGUUUCGCUGAGGCAUUUCCAAUUUUAACCGAUGACUGCGUCAACAUAUUGAUGCUAACGGGCCGAAGUCUUUAUUCACAAAGUACUCUUGGUAUAAAUUCAACGCAGAUGCAAUUGACGGCAAAUUCUAGGCAUAAAUGCUUCAAGGAAGCCCCACGAUACAUAGCUAUGAUUGAGGAAGCGUUCGAAACGUUGAUUACAAAAAUAGUGAAUAAAGUCGAACUGUAUUAAUUCUAGAGUUAAGAACACCUUUUUACAAAAAAAAUACCUACUUAAGAAAUUUUUCCAUAAAUUAACACAUUCUAUAAUUCACGAAGAAA